AACAAAACAAGCCACUACUUCUAUAUACGGUACCUUUAUAUAAGACAAUAACGACACAAUCUGUCAUUGUUACCUGUGAGAAAAAGAAAGUUUAUCUACUAAUAAAAUAGAAAAUAAAAUUAGUAAUAAUACUAAUAAAAUCUCUCUGUUUUUCAGUCAGUUGUCAACAGUGCAAUAUAUUUAUCUCUGCCAUAGAUAGAUAGAUAGAUAGAUAGAUAGAUAGAUAGAUAGAUAGAUAGAUAGAUAGAUAGAUAGAUAGAUAGAUAGAUAGAUAGAUAGAUAGAUAGAUAGAUAGAUAGAUAGAUAGAUAGAUAGAUAGAUAGAUAGAUAGAUAGAUAGAUAGAUAGAUAGAUAGAUAGAUACAUACUUUAUUAAUCCCCAGGGAAAUUCAAGUGUUCAGCAGCUUACCUACAACAACAUAAAUAACAAAAAGACAGGACAGGCAGGUUAGUAACAUUAACAUUAAAGGUCAGUAUAUACUCUGAAAAACUUGCUGUAGAAUACUAUAAAACAACACUUCUAAUUUUAGAAUCUAUACAAAUACUAAAUGCAAUUAAAAUUCAAUAUGCAAUAUUUACACAUUUCAAGGCACCGUGAUUUAAAGUGGUUUAAAGUGAGUUUGAGUAUUCAUGCUUGUUCUCACUGUCUUAUCGGCUCCUUUUGUAAAUAUAUUUAUAUUUUUUAUCUGUCCUAUUCGUACUUUGUGCCACAAGAGUUGUUUUUUAAUUUCGUUGUACAUUGUGUGUGUAUAAUGAUAAUAAAAAGCAUUCUAUUCUAUUCUAUUCUAUUCUAUUCUAUUCUAUUACUGUGAUAUUGUCAUAGUCAUCACGGUUAUGUUCCAAUCAUUAUCAGCUUUUCAGUGAACUAAUUUAUUAGAUCAGAUUCAGCUUUAUUUUUACUGCCUUGCAUUGGGUACUAGUACUAAAACAAUAAAAUGCAGUUUAGCAUUUAACCAGAAGUGCACAGCAGCAGUAAAAUGCAUUAUUUACAGUAUGCUGUAUACAUUAUGUUACAGUAUCUAAUUACUAGAACAAAAAUUAUGGGAAUAACCAAAUGAGUUUUCAUAAUAAUGCCACAAAACAACAUUUUGUCAUUGUCGAGUAACACUUAGGGUCGACUGACUUGCUUUUUAAGUAAAUAUAUUUUUAUCCCUUUUAAAAUGUCCAGUUAAUCAACUGUUAAGCAACAAAACGCCUGGCUUACAAAACUGAUUCAGAUUUUUUUUUAAAUUUAGGAAAGUACUUUAAAACACCAGUUGAUUGAUGAUAUAAUUAACUCUAUAUAUGUUAUUUUUUUCUAAUUAUCCUAAACAUUUAGGCAAUCAUACAUUUUUCUUAUAGCGAAAACUUCAAAGUGUUUUGAACACAUUUUUACAGUUUAAACGUGUUUUGGACACAUGAUUACAAAAUCGAAAGUAGAUUUUCAAAAAGCAGAACUUUUUGUCAGCAAAAAAAAAUGCAACCUUCAGGAGUGACAUGCAUUUGUGGUUGUGUCCAUGCAGAGUGUAGUUUCAGUUUUGUUUUUAUAGAUAGAUAGAUAGAUAGAUAGAUAGAUAGAUAGAUAGAUAGAUAGAUAGAUAGAUAGAUAGAUAGAUAGAUAGAUAGAUAGAUAGAUAGAUAGAUAGAUAGAUAGAUAGAUAGAUAGAUAGAUAGAUAGAUAGAUAGAUAGAUAGAUAGAUAGAUAGAUAGAUAGACAGACAUGCAACUUUCACCACAAUAAAACCCUAACUAUAAACCUAUCCAUUACAAGGGUCAAUAUAUAAUUGAGGGACUUUUGAAGUCCAUCAGAUAUGUCUUGUAUGCUUUUAUUUUAAAAGUAAAAAAAAGUUUUUAUGUUCAUUAUGAUCAUGUCUUUACAAAUUCCAUAAUUAUUUAUUAUGGAAACAAUCACUUAUUAAUAAAAAUGACUGGAUAUCACUAAAAUGUCAACUAAAUAACCAUCCCAAUUUAAUAACAACCACCUUCUAAUUAGUUAAACAGUAAUACAAUUAGUUUAUUCAAAAAUUGCUUGAUGUUCUUUUUAUUAAGUUGAGAUAAUCAUGACAGAUAUUUCUUUUUUGGCAAUAUAUCAAAUUUUAUGUAGAAAAUAACUAAUUGUAUCUGUGUCUGAGAAAUCAUUUUCAACUAACUUACCCAUUACAAAAACACCUCUCAAGGAAGUAUGUUAAUUCCAGAUCACAUGACCUGCUCCACAUGAUGUCAUUUCCUCCUGAAGAAAAGACUGGCCAGACUCCAAGGCUUUCUGAGUUAUUUAAUAUAAAGUAGUGUCUGAGUCAAGUGUGGAUUUAUGGCAUGUCAACAGGUUUACUACAAUAUCUUUAGAAAUAACUUUCAAUUUCAAUUUUACUCAACUGUAUAUAUAAUAUUUAGAAGAAUCUUUCUGUAAAAAUGCCAUGUGGUGUUUGGUUAUAGGCAGCCAUGUUGAUUUUAGGGCUGAAAACAGCAAAAAUGUCAACUAUGAUACAAAAAGUAUAUUGACCCACAAGAGAUUUGCUGGGUAAUAAGAUCACCUUAUUAGUUUAGGGCAUGGUAAAAUAGGGAAUAAAAGCCAAAAUAAAAUAUUCAAACUGACAAUUUUCGCCUAUAAUAAAACCCAAACUAAAAACUGAUCCAUAACAAGACAUUUGCUGGGUAAUAAGCUCAUGGUAAAAUAGGGGAUAAAAGCCACAACUAUUUGUUUAAAUACAAUCCACUUCAAGUCGAAAAUGUAAAGUUCACACAUGAUAGAUAGAUAGAUAGAUAGAUAGAUAGAUAGAUAGAUAGAUAGAUAGAUAGAUAGAUAGAUAGAUAGAUAGAUAGAUAGAUAGAUAGAUAGAUAGAUAGAUAGAUAGAUAGAUAGAUAGAUAGAUAGAUAGAUAGAUAGAUAGAUAGUGCAAUGCUAUGAGUUCCCACAGAGGGGCGCUUUCCUCAAACUGUGUAUAGUCCCCUAUGUUCUACAGUGAACAGUUUAUUGCUGACAGAAUGUUGCAACUUCUUGGUGCGCCAACAAAUUUCAAAUUUAGUACAAGUUUUUAAAAUACUGUGACACUUGACAUCGCCGCAUACGUGCGUGCAAUUUCAGAUAUAUAUAUAUUUUAAAAUAACCACUCAUGCACCGCUUUUCUAUUUUUCAGGAAUCGCAAUUCAAACCGAGUGAUUGCAUGCAGCUCUUCCAACAGCGGUGCCGUUGGCGUGCCACAGGUCCAGUUGCGCAUCUACAUUUUCCUGCGGCACAUGGGCCGUAAACUUGGCACUUGCACGAUGUUUGGCAUGUCACAGUGUUUACCAUCCGUUUGCAGCACGGCUUGUCAAGUAGUCACGGUGAGCCACGCCUAUUAUCCAUGUGCUUCAUCCUCCAAUCUCUCCAUCCCUCUGCACCACACGCUCCGUAUUUUGCAUAAAAUGUGUAUCAGUAGGGCAGCGCUCUCCCCGGCACAUGCAGAGCGCACAUGUAGCGUGGCUUUACUGAACACAUACCACGGUCGAAUAAGCGCAUCAAACUCCCCUCAGCUCCAGAUCCCCGCCAAUGAAAAUGCACAAACGCGUGAAGGAGAGAGAGGGAGAGAACGGACUGCGCGAGAUGCAAAGAGUGAGCCAAAUCUCACACAAACAGACACAACACAAGUUGGGGCGAGCGGAAAGGCGGUCACAUUUCCUACUCACCUGCAAACGUGAUUGAUGUGGGUGUUUAUAUCAGUGGGUGUGUAUGUCAUGCCUGACAGUGUGUUCGCGGAUAUGCUGACUCCACUUUCUUGGAAUUCAUGAGAAUCGCUUAAUCUUCGCUCGUGCAACAUCACGCGCGCUCGAGCUGAAGUCCAGCACCCAGAGCGCAGAAGGUACCCAGGUAUCCUUGAGGAGACCAGUCUAUCUAACUCACCUCUGUCAGAGAAGACGUGACACCUGCACAACUACUCUACAGUUUACCGGGCACAACUUUACGCGCUUUGGACACCUUUUCCAUCCCAUCACUGCUUCCCAUUUCUAUUUGGCGCUCUAUGGAGCAGGUGCUUUGCGCAAAACAAUUUCUUCACUUUCUGGUCUGUCUUAAAAAGACUUUUGCUCCAGCAUAGUGACAUUCACAGACAUCUGUCGUCAAGUUUCUUCAAAGUCUUCAACAUCAGCAAGAGAAAUGGACAACAGCCCAGGCGGCGGUGGAGGAGUCAUCCUGUAUGCAGGUUCCUCUGGUAGUUCCAGCCCCAGCCCUGGAAGCCCCUCCAGUGGCUACCAGACACAGUCACCCUCUUCACACUCUCAGCCCUCAUCUCCAGAGGAGGUUACCUUCACAGAGAUUGGGGCGCUGAAACAGCGAGCAGCUGGAUGCAACACUCCUUCCUCCAAACUGGUGUUCCAGUUCCCAGAGGUCUACAAUGGACCCUCAGCAGCAGCUACUCCGCAGCAUUCCUAUGCACACCCCAUCGCAGGAAAGAGGCCAUGCGGGUUCGCAGGGACUUUCACCAAAACAGGUGGAAUGGUCCUGCUUUGCAAAGUCUGUGGGGACAUCGCAUCUGGUUUCCACUAUGGGGUGCAUGCAUGUGAGGGUUGCAAGGGGUUUUUCCGCCGCAGCAUCCAGCAGAACAUCAACUACAAGAUGUGUGUGAAGAACGAGAACUGUCUGAUCAUGCGCAUGAACCGCAACCGGUGCCAGCACUGCCGCUUCAAGAAAUGCCUCUCUGUUGGCAUGUCAAGAGAUGCCGUGCGUUUUGGCCGCAUCCCUAAGAGAGAGAAGCAGCGACUCCUAGAUGAGAUGCAGAGCUACAUGAACAGCCUAAAUGAGUCGGCUGCCAUGGACAUGGAGUCAUCUUCAGUGAGGGAAAAUCCCACCAGCACAGAUGACAGCAACUCGAAAGAGGCCAUCGGGGCCAUUUCCAGAGCCUACCGCAACAUCUUCACCAGCAACAGCAGCAACCAGGAGAAAGCAUCCAAGAGGGCCAACAUCCACACCAACAACGACACAACGCCCUUUCCUCAGGAUGGCAGUUUUCCUCCAGUCUCAUCUCACCCCACCUCUGCCCAGAGUUAUCAGUCUUGCCCUGUUGCCCCUGCCACUCUGUGCCCAGCUGCCUCUAAUGAAAACCAACCCUCAUUUCACAAUGUGGACAACAAUCGAUAUUCCAACUUAGUGUCAACAAAUCAGAAUUACAACCAGUCCAAUGCUACACCUCAAAGGAGCAUCUCUGCCAAUCCCAACGGUUUUCGCAAUGCAGGAAGUGCCCACAAUCAGCCCUCCUGCCCAUGGAAAUUAGCUUCAGGAGCUAAAGUGCUGGCCUGUCCUCUCAACGCGUGUCCUGUAUCAGGGGCAGAGCGCUCAAGUCAGGAGAUAUGGGAGUCUUUCUCUCAGUGUUUUACCCCUGCUGUCAAGGAAGUGGUAGAGUUUGCCAAGGGCAUCCCAGGAUUUCAAGAGCUUAGCCAGCAGGAUCAGGUCAUGCUGCUAAAAUCAGGCACCUUCCAGGUUCUGAUGGUGAGGUUCUGCAGCUUGUUCAAUGCUAAGGAGCGUACGGUGACCUUCCUGAAUGGCCAAACUUACCCCCUGUCCACGCUGCGGGCCUUGGGCAUGGGCUCUCUGCUGGAUGCAAUGUUUGAAUUCAGCGAGAAGUUGGGCUCUCUGGGGCUAGAGCCUGAUGAAAUGGCCCUCUUCAUGGCUGUGGUGCUGGUCUCUGCAGACCGCUCUGGCAUCUCGGACAUGUGGGCCGUAGAGCAACUACAGGAGGGUCUGAUCCGCGCCCUACGAUCGCUGAUCACUCGCCGUCGCCCAGAUGACACUGCACUCUUCCCUAAACUCCUCCUGCGCCUGCCAGACCUCCGCACCCUCAACAAUCUGCACUCCGACAAACUGUUGGCCUUUCGCAUUGACCCUUGAGCAGGCCGCUCAUUGACAGAACACACAGACGCAAACUGUUUAACACAGAACACACACACACACAUAUUAUCUUCCAUGGGCAGGACUUCCUUCAACAUUGAGGAACAAGGAAUUGUGCAAUCUGAGGAGUGUUUCUGAAAAGGAUAGAUGAGGGCAGUGACCAUAUUUUUGACUCACUAUCGACCUUCAUGCAAUGUUUUCAGAAAAAACAUACACAUACAAACUCAUGUACACACAUAACCCUCAACACCUCUUAAGAGACAUUGUUCCUGUAAAAAAAAAAAAAAAAACAUUUAAAAUCAUUGUGUAGAGUUACUAUUACUGUUUUGGACAAAUCAUUUGUGCACUUUGUCAUUAUAUCCAGUGUACUUAAGAAUAAAAGCCAGUUCACUUCUGUUUAUUCCGGUAGUUGUACAGUAUCAACAGACCAUCACCAAGCAGCAGCUGAAAGAUGCAUAUUCUAGAUUGAAACGGUUAUUACUUAGGGACCAUUGGUGACAAAUGACUAUGUGUCAGUUGGUUUUAAAAAAGAAAGGGAACCUGUAUAUAAUACAUAGUGAAACCUGAAAUAAUAAGGCCAUUGUGUAUCACUAUUUCACAAACAUACCAUCUGCAUUAGUACUGGAAUGAGACCACUAUUUUUAUGUGUCACUUGUAUACAACAGGAUGCAUUCAGUCUCUUACUAAUUUCUGACUAAUCUUCCAGAAAACAUGUGGCACACUGGGUUUAAAUAUGCCACCUUCAUAAGUCAAUGGCAUUAUUAUUAUUUCACAAAAACUUCACGUCUGUGUCACUGUAUCGUAAUACAUCUGGAUCGAUGGAGAGAGAGCGCUCCAUGCACAUUGGGUUUUGUAGUUCCUUUGUUUAUUUUUUUUUGUUGCUGUAAAUAUUGUUACUCAAAUGUCUAUGUAUCAAUUACUAAACUGAUAUGAUGGUUUGGACAUAUGAGUUUGGUGUAAAGAAGAAUGUAUUGACCUUCUUGUAUUAAGCUGGGGGGGGGUUCUUGCCAAGGGGGCUUUGCACAGGAGAAUGUGUAGUAGGGAUUCUCAGACGGCUUAGACACACUUCCUGCUAUUUGAUGAUGUAACCAACCAGCAUAAUCCCUGAAAUCACCAGCACUCGCUCCACAUGCACCCUUCCUCUGCCCCAAAUGUUUGUCAUACAAACACAAGAGAUAUUUUUGGGUGAGAGAUCUAAUUUGAUUGGUCCUCUUACUGUUAGCUUGUUUGAUUAUGGCUGAUUGAGCGUUGUACAUUUUGUAAAUUUUUCUUCCUAAAUAGAGAUUAUACAAUGAUAUAAAGUUCAAAUUAUGUAUUA